AUGGUCACUUUCCCCGCCGCCAACGUUCUUCCCAAAGACCCCAACAUCGACGGGGAGCGAAAGGUGUUCCACAAGGAAAUCAGCCGCAUUCGCAAAUUCUACAAGGACACCACGGACGAGGAAGAGCUGUACAUCCGAUUCCUGGCCGCCCACAACAAGGGCCUGGACCUGCUCUUGACCGGGGCCCGCCGCCGCAUCCAGGCUCACCUCUACGGCAUGAGGAUCGAGGAGGCCAUGCAGCGCGAGAUGAUGCACUCCGUGGGCACCCCGCUGGGCAUGCUGCACGUCAUGGUCUGGUACGCCAUGGCGACCACCGCCGACGACCACGAGCUCCGCCGCAUGUACGUGUGGGCCUACAUCAGGCACUACAACAUGGUCCGCGUCGGCCUGGGGGUGCUCGCGCCCUUUUCGCUGAACCUGUCGCACCAGCCGCUGGAGCGGAGUGAGAGACAGUGGGACAAGGCCAUCCAGUUCUUCACCUGGUGCGAGUUUGAGGCGCACAACUUCGAAAUCAGAGACGACCUCGACAUACGGAUGUUGAUGGAAGACCAGAGCCACCCCCUCGCCGCCCGCCUCCGUGGCAUCCGCAUCCCCAAGUUGAAGAAAGUCGGCGGUGUCCUAAAGAAACGAGCCCACCACCACUAG